AGCUUGGUGGAAAUUGUUUCAGGAACGAUGUACUGGAUUUCAAGAAAAUUGUACAUGACAUGGAGUAUGACCCUAGCAUAAACAUCACAUUUCCCUUGAUGGAAACUCCCAGCCGAGUAUACUUCUUGGGGGGUGCGUUAGGUGGUGUCGGUACCGACGAGCAUGGUGUCAUUGUCAACUGUAGUGCGGCAAAUCUUAUGUACUAUCUUGACUGGAGCACCCCAAGAGCAGAGAAUAUGGCAAGAUUAUGGGAAGCAACUUUCCUGGAGACUAUUGAAUCCCUCGAGUUCGAAAGCAUCUCCCUGGCAAUGUUCGUUUCCAACACCUUGACAAAGGAAUUGCAGAAAAACACCCAGAGUGUGGUCCCCUUCCUUAGUCUGACCUUGGUCAUUAUGCUGCUCUUCUCUAUUGUUACCUGCAUGAUGGCAGACUGGGUAACAAGCAAGCCCUGGUUAGGUGUCAUAGGAUGCAUUUCCUCCAUAAUGGGAGUAGGAGCAGCUUUUGGACUAAUUAUGUACUUCAAUCUGGAAUUCAUCGGAAUUAACCUUGCCGCACCCUUCCUAAUGUUAGGUAUUGGAAUGGACGAUUCUUUCGUCCUGCUUGCAGCCUGGCGAAGGACGGAUUCCAAGCUGAGUGUUGUUGAUCGUCUGGGUGAGACGUAUGCUGAAGCAGCGGUCUCUGUCACCAUCACUUCGCUGACGAACUUCAUUAGUUUCUGGAUUGGAGCUAUCACCCCCUUCCCUUCAGUUAGAAUCUUCUGCAUCUACACUGCCACAGCUGUUCUCUUUACGUAUAUCUACCAAGUGACGUUCUUUGGUGGUUGUAUGGCCAUAUCCGGAAUCGCCGAAAAGCGGAGACUUCAUGCUAUGUUUUGUGUUCCAACUAUGCCCAAGUCUUUAGCAGUGAAUAAAGGUUGCUGCUAUCGUGCCUUCUGUACUGGAGGAAAGAACGAAGACGACCCAGAUAACCCUUUGGACAACAAGGAGCAUUGCUUGAUGGUGUUCUUCAGAGACCACAUGGGCGUCUUCCUCAGCAAAACAUGGGUCAAAAUAUGCGUAGUCCUCUGCUUCAUGUGCUAUUUAGCUGUUGGUAUUUGGGGAUGCAUGCAAGUACGAGAAGGGCUUGAACGUCACAAGUUAUCUCGCAGCGAUUCUUACUCCGUGACGUUUUAUGAACGUGAAGAUAUGUAUUUCAGGAAGUUUGCUUACAGGAUUCAAGUUGUUGUAAACGCUACUCUGGAUUACGCUGAUCCCAAAGUUCAGAAACAAAUUGAAGAUAUGUUGCAGAGAUUUGAAUCUAGUCAGUACGUUGCUGGACCUGCCUUGACAGAAUCAUGGUUGAGAGCUUUUAAUAAAUUCACGUCAGAUCCAAGGUCGUCUUUCCUGCUCCAGUCUUUUAACAAAUCAGAUUCUCAAGAUUUUAUGCAUAUUUUAGAUGUCUUUUUCAAUUACCCUUUGCUUCAACUAUUCAAACAAGAUGUUCUUUUCAAUGAAGACAGAAGUGCCAUCAUUGGCACCCGAUAUGUAAUUCAAGCAUUCAAUAUAACUGACGCCAAUGAGAAAAAAGACAUGGUGCUUGAAUUGAGAAAAAUAGCUGAUAGCCAACCCUUUCCAGUAACAGUUUUUCAGCAAUAUUUUAUAUAUUUCGACCAGUUCAUUUUAGUCAGAGAUACAUCAAUACAAUCUAUUUGUGUAGCAGUUGCUGUCAUGAUUGCCAUAUCUUUAGUAUUUAUUCCUAGCUUUCAUUGUGCCGUUUUUGUUGCAUUUUCAAUAAUAUCCAUUGAAGUGGGAGUCAUUGGUUACAUGACACUUUGGGGUGUGAACUUGGAUUCAAUAUCCAUGAUAAAUUUAAUCAUGUGCAUAGGAUUUUCAGUUGACUAUUCAGCUCAUAUUUCAUAUGCGUAUUUUUCUGCUGAUAAACAGACUCCGGAUGACGGCAUUAAAGCUGCUUUGCAUUCCCUGGGUGUACCGAUAUUCCAAGGAAGUGUAUCUACUAUCCUCGGAGUAAUAGCCUUAAUAUUUGCACCAUCUUAUAUUUUUCUGACAUUUUUCAAAACGGUGUUUUUGGUGAUACUUUUUGGGGCACUCCACGGAAUUCUUCUUCUUCCAGUCUUACUGUCUCUUUCUGACUCGUGCUUUAAUUCCAAGUUAUGUGCAUUUUGCCGUCGUUUCAAAACAUCUUGCAACUGUGCUCCAAUGCAGUCACCUGAGAAACCUCCUCUUGCUAUUCUUCAAGUACCUGAAAUUGCAUCAUAUGGUGGGCAACCACCUCGAAUGACAAGUCUAAAUGGCAGCAUCCCUCCAGAUGUGCGGUUUGUUCCUCCUCAUUUAAAAGACGAGGAACUAGAUGAAAACAGCAGUAAAGGAUCUAAAAAUGGCGACUUAUGGGCCAUUGAAAAUGGCGAUAAAGACCUAGGUCUUGGAACUAGUGGUGAAAGCAGCAACGGUAGCUGGAAAUGUCCACAUGAGGACAGAGAAAGAGUAUCUAUUCCGUCUGCACAUAUGACGGCAACUCUAGGAUAUUCGGGUGAAUACUUGAAUAGAUCAGAAGAGCAUGACAACCCUGCUUAUAUCCCGGAUGAAGAUGUUCAUCCUCCUCAUGUCCAUCACAGCCGCCAUGCUGUCAGACCACCUAGCAGGUCGCGAAGUUCUUCCUGUUCUUACCCCAGAGAUCGAAUGAGAAGCUACAUCGAUGACCUUGCCAUGAGAAGAGUCGCGCCAUGUAGAGCUCAUGACCAUCCGGUCACAGUACCUCCUACAGGUGCCAUCAGAGGGAAUGGGUACUUCUUCCAAGGCCCUCCCAGACGUCCAUUAAGUGGAGGAGUGGUUCCUUCUCACGCAGGAGAUUGGGUGGCUUGUCCUGUAAGUUCUAGGGAUUGGCCGCGAAGGCCUCGAGAUAGAAUACCUAGGCAGGACAGCGAACCAGAACGGAUUUUUACAGUUAGGUUAUGACAAUCGGAGAAUUUAGACAAAUUAUCGACUGUGACGAGCCACAAAUAAAAUAUUAGAGACCUAUGAGUUUUUUAAAAGAUAUCACACAAACCAUCUCUGGUGCCAAUUGAUUUGAUAGCAUCUAAGUGCUUUUGGUGAAGUUAUGAGGCCUUGAUGUUAUUGGUUAUAAUAAUAACAGCAAGUAUUCUGAAAAAAGAACGUUGUUUUAUGGUUUAUGCGAUGCACGUAGACACUUGUCGAGUCCAAAAAUUGUAUAGUCUACCUCGAUUUACUUGAGGCUUGCUCAAGGCUACAUGCACAAGUGUUUACUGAAGAAUAAUUUUACUUUCUUUAUUAAAGUCAUUAGUAGCCUAUUUAAUACAAUAUACUACGAUAGCUAUUCAUUAGACAUGAUAUUCACAGCUAUGUUUAGGUGAAAAUACCUGAUUCAAAAUGCGACGCAACUAAAUUUCAUCGUUUGCAAGACAACUGUGGAAAACAUUUCAUAAAUUUUAUAACAAGUUAAAACUGUAAGUAGAGCGUAAUUGUGCAUUUUGUCAUAGUUUCUUUUUUGCUAUUUGACUUAAAUAAAUGAUGUGAAACCAAUUCUCUUCAAACUAUAUAGGCUAACUGAUUUCACAUGUGGACUUAUAGAUGAUUGAAGACGAAUGUAUUCAUGUGUAAAUAUAACAUGAUAAUGUUUUAGAGUCAGCAUCAUGUCAUAUAAAAGUUCUCAUUUAUUUUGUUUUGAGUGAAAUUUAUUUAAUUGACUUUCUGAAAUGAGAUUUUCUUGCAUUAUUCAUGGUUUCGAGAGACAAUUGUGGUGCUG